AUGACGUCGCUGCGUGGAUUCUUCGACAUUGGCGUCGGAGCCAAUCUCAGCGGACGGGUAGUGUUCGAAUUUUUCGAUGACGCCGGGGAGUCGAUUGCAGAGAACUUCCGUUUGCUAUGCCUCGGCAAAGUCGUAGGCUCCGUCCUAGGAAAGAGACGAGCUCUAUCUUACACUGGUUGUCGCGUUUACCGUGUUGUCGCUGGGCAGUAUUUCGAAUGCGGUGACUUCGAGCAUAACAACGGUGAUGGUGGAUCAAGCGCCUUCGGCGGUUACUUCAAGGAAUCGCGUAACACUCGCAGGCACUCACAUGCCGGACUCCUGUCGAUGAAGCGAAUCAAUAACGAAGGCUAUGGCUCGCAGUUUGUCAUCACGCUUGGGAGAGAUCCGCGCCUUGACGAUCGUCAUCACGUCUUCGCCCGGGUGGUCCAGGGCAUGGAAUUCAUCCGCGCGGUUGAAAAUGUCCCCCUUGAUGCGCACAAUGCACCCAAGGUGGAAGUCGGCAUCCUGCGGUGUGGCCUGCUGGAAUACACCCCCAAGAAGGUCGGCCAAAUGUCUAAGCAGCGAGAGCUGGUGGACACCCUCAUGGACUCGCUGCGCCCUCAGGAUUCGGAUUCAGAUGAGGAGGAACCACAAGAGCUCCGAUGUCUUUACACCGGGAAGGUGAUUCGAAAGCGUCCCAUAAGGCCUGAUUCGGCGGCAGCCAUUGGCAAGCAGUACAUCGCAGAGGCGCUCGGCGGCAAGAGCCUCCACUUCAUACCGACCUAUGACGCCGACAGCGAGUACCAGUACUAUGUUGAGCCAGACGCGCCCAGUGAGAGUAAACCUGCCGCCGCGGUGGUGGAGCCGUCGGAGUCAGACAGUGAGUCGAGCGAUUCAGGGGAUGCAGCAUCUGACAAUGAUGGUGCUGACGAAGACCCGGUGAUGCAGAAGUUGCGAACGCUCAGCAAACGCCUGGAGGAGUGUUCCCAAUUGAAUCAGGAAUCGGUAGAAAUAGAACAUAGGUUCGGCGGAGAUCCUAAGAAGCUCAACGAGCACUACAAGUCGGUGCUUGGAUUGCGCGAAGACAACUCCACGGUCAACUUUAAUCGCAACCCCAGCCUAAACAAGGCUGCUAUCGCAGUGGAGAAACAUCACCAACAAGCUUUGAAGAAGGAAAAGGGCAAGACCUUCGGCUGGAACGUGUUCAACCAAGACGCGCUUUACAGGGCGCACAAAAAAAGGCUGAAUGAGACCGCCUUUAACCAAGAGGAGUAUGAGCUGCAGAAGGCCCAUAUGGGUGACAACUUUUAUAAGCCCGGAAUAACGUCCACAGUGCCAACGGAGGCUGCAAAACUCACUGUGGUGCGUAACCUCGAGAAGCAGUACAAACAGAGGGAGAAGUUCAGCCGCCGCCGUGCGUUCGACGACGAAGCCAAGGACGUGUCGUACAUCAACGACCGCAACCGUGUGUACAACCUGAAACUAGACAGAGCUUUCAAGACACACACAGCUGAAAUAAAACAGAAUUUGGAGCGCGGUACGGCGUUAUAA